CGGAAUCCGGAUUUAUACUAGAAUUCGUUCAGUAGCGAUAUUUUAGGGGAGUAAACUUACAAAAUAAUGGCAAGAUCAAUUGUUUUUUUCUGCCUGUGCGUACUGCACAUCGCAAUUGUUAUACGUGGUGAUGGCAUGAUCGAGGUCUUUAAAUGGAAGCAAAUGGACUUUUACAACCGGGGUGAUGGCUUUAACACUGGUAUAAGGCCAAUGUCACAGCGAAUGCCUGACCCAUCAGUUCCAGUGGUGUUUCCAAAUCAGUACAGGGGCAAUUAUCGCCCGCCUAGGAAAAGUGAUGUGAUUACCUCCCGGGAUUUUCCUGUAGGUCUACGAUCUCGAAGUGGUUUAAGUGACGAAAACGCACCCUACAUUCCCUACAACAAUGUACCAAUGGGUGCAAAUCACUUUAGAGGACGCCUCUUCAUCACAAUGCCACGUCGUCGGGUCGGCAUACCCUCAACCUUGAACUAUAUAGAUCUGCGAAGGGACGGCUCCCAGACCAGUCCCAAGCUUCAUGCCUACCCCAACUUCGAGCUGAACCAAUUUAAUAACAGUGCGCAGAAUAUAGUUUCGGUUUACCGAACCACAGUCGAUGCAUGCCAACGAUUGUGGUUCAUAGACACCGGAAUGCUGGAGUAUCCCGACAACCGACAGCAGAUUCGACGCCCCAGCAUCUGGAUAGUGGAUUUAAGCACAGAUCGCGUACUGAAGCGUUUCGACAUACCCGAGAGCAUUGUAGAUACAGGUCGAGGUCUGGCUAGUCUGAGCAUAGAUGUGAUUCCUCAGCGCUGUGAACAGGCCUACGCUUAUAUCCCCGAUCUGGUGAAUAGCCAGCUCUAUGUGUACAGCUUGGCCGAGGACCGCAUGUGGGCCUUUUCGCACAACUAUUUCAACUUCGACCCCGUUGCUGGAGAUCUGAAUAUAGGUGGUCAGUCCUUCCGCUGGGAUGAUGGCAUAUUUUCAACGACUAUUGGCCCAUUGUUGCGCGAUGGCAGUCGCAAUGUCUAUUUCCAUGCAAUGGCCAGCAAUAAUGAGUUUGUCGUCUCUAAUCGUGUGCUGCAACAGGAAUCGAAUGCCGCGCGCUCCGACCAAGGCGAUGAUUUUCGGGUACUAGGCAGUCGGGGGCAGAAUAUGCAAUCAACCAUGCAUGAAUACGAUCCGCGCACUGGAGUCAUAUUUUACAAUGAGAUACAACAAAAUGGUAUCGGGUGUUGGAAGGAGAGCACACCCUUCUCGGCCACCAACCAUGGCACAGUAAUUCGAGAUGCGGAGCGGAUGAUUUAUCCCAGCGAUUUGACGAUUGACGAUGAGGGAACCAUGUGGGUCAUGUCCAAUUCCAUGCCCAUUUUCAUAUACUCUAAUUUGGAUACAAACGUAUUUAACUUCCGCAUCUGGAAACAAAAUGUUGUCGAGGCCAAACGAAACACAGUGUGCGAGUGAUUGGUUUAUCUGGAAUUGCUUUAAUGUUCGUUACAUAUGCGUUAUAUGUUUAAUGUUGUAAUACAUGGAAAAUACAAUAUAUAAACAGAGAAUUGUAAAUAAAACAAAUUCAAGAAGCAUUUACAAAUGUA